CAUUCGCGCUUAGAAAGGCUAGUCCGUCGCCAAAGCUAAGCGCGAAUAUCGCGCAUCUUGUGCUUAGUUUAGUCCGUUGUGACUAUAUGAAUGGUGCGCACGCCCGUUCACGCGUACCGCGAACUUCUGAAUUUCUACCGUUAUACCACGAACGUACACCUCUCUGCAUCCAGGAUUUUCUUAUUAAAAGGAUAUUUUCAUUCUCGUUUGAAAAAUCUACAAGUUUCUAAUUAUAAGUGAAUAAACUUUGGGUUUAUCAUUUUUCGAUUCAGUUCAGUUUUCUCAGUUCAGAAACAUGUGCGCGUCUCGCUCCUAAUCAACAUUCUUAAAAUACAAAAAAAAGUGAUCAACUUUUGGUGCGCUUCUCUGGAUUAUUCUUAAUACGAUUCGGAUUAUUCUGUGUGUCUUAAAGUGCUCUUGUUCAGUGGAUUCUUGUACUUUCUUCUCACCUGUGGAGGAAGAGACAAGUUAAAUAUUAUCUGGAUUAUUUACACUACCUCUCUCUGGAAUUACACACACUUUUUUUUAUAUUCUCCUACACACAAUUUUGGUUUGAAAACGAAUGGAACAAAGCCACCUGAAAAACGGCAGCGUUCAUGUGUUGGAUAAAGUUCGACAUCCACAGAGAAAUAUCGAGGUCACUGCUGAAGAAGUCCUCUCGUUUGCACCGAACUAGUAGUUUUAGUAUUGGUAGAUAGUGAAAGGUUCGCGAGCCUUCAGGUUCAUCGCGUCACUCUCUCUCUCUCUCUUCAUUUUUGUACCCCGGAGAAGACCCUCAGCCACAAGGUGGCGGGGACCCACGUCCUGGGGGCGACAUCGCCCAUGUCGCUGGCGAUGCCCUUCAUCGACAACGAUCUCCUCUGGUGUCCGGAUAAUGACGGCAAGAUGGUCGAUCUCUCUUCAUGUUUGCAAGACGCAGCUUCCGUAGCGAUCGGACAGCAGACGACGGCUACCGGUGGAGGCGGCGGUUCACUCGGUGAACUGUCCCAAUCGGAUCUGAGCAGUUUGGUGCCUGCCAUCCAGGAAGAACAAGGAGGCCACAUGCCAGACACCGAAGACAUCUUCAAGCAUCUAACGGAUCCGUCCUUCGAAUUAGACAAUCUACUUAACGAAUUUAACAGUCAUGAAAUUAAACAAGAGGAAAACAACAAUAACAUCCCUAACAUGGAUCACACUGUCAGCAGUUCCAGUAUACAGCAGAAGAACAACACGCAGGUGAUGCUGGAGAUGAGGUCGACGGCUAUCAAGUUCACAAUAGCCGCCGCAAAUCCGCUUCUCGCUGAAAAGUUAGCCGCCCCCACAUCACAGAAUAGCGCUCUGUCGACCACGAAUAGCGUGACGCAGACGCGACCACAGAUGGCACCGCUCACUCCAAAAAUUGAAAAAGGUACGUGUCAUACAAUUGUCCGAUGUAUGUAGAGUUGCCUACAACACACAU